UGAUUUUUACGUUGUAUUGACGUUUUGUAACUUUAAUCACAGAAAACUUCAACAUGGAUUUCAAGGCUUUGAUCCAAGCUGAAAUAGAAAAGAAAAAGAGAAAAGUGGAAAAAAAUUCUGACAUUUUGAGUUCAAAUAAAAAAUAUUUUAAAAGAGGAGAUCUAGCCAAAAAAGAAGAAGAAGAGUAUUGGAAGAAACAUCAGAGAUUAAAAGUACCAGAAAAAUUAGCAAAAACAAAAGAAGAGCAGAAGGAAGAAGAAAAGAAGAUUUUAGAGGAAGACGAACAAAAAUAUGCUCUGUUGCCCAGGAAAGAGGUGGUGAGAAAGUUAAGAGAAAGAGGUGAGCCCAUUUUGCUGUUUGGGGAAACAGACUAUGAGGCUUAUGUAAGAUUGAAAAAACUUGAGACGCUUGAACCAGAUGGGAAGAAGGGAGAAGGCAGUGAUUUUAAGAUGGCAAUGGACAGAGUUGACCAAGAUUACUUGAAUGAGAUUGUUAAUGCUGCCACAUCAGAAGGAGGUGAAGGAAAACUAAAUGUAGACGUCAGAGAUGAUGGUACGACAUUGAACGAUAUCGAUAAAAUGCAAGAACAAUUGGCUCAAGGUGAUUCAGAGAAAGACAUGGAAAUUUGCCUAAAGUUUUUAAAGUUUAUACUGAAAGGAUGGGGAGAUAGAUUAAACAACAAACCACAAGAGGAAAAAACAUCUCGGAAGGGUCGUGAAGAAUAUGCUAUUCAAACACAGACAGUAGCUUAUAUGAAACCUCUUUUUAAAAAUCUGAAGCAUAAGAAAGUAGAAGAAGACAUUUUAGACCCAAUGGUUAGCAUUAUUAAGCAGCUUAUGAAGAAGGACUACAUUAAGGCAAAUGAUGCAUAUUUAGAAAUGGCUAUAGGUAAUGCACCAUGGCCAAUAGGGGUAACUAUGGUGGGUAUCCACGCUCGUACUGGUCGUGAAAAGAUUUCUUCAAGAUAUGUAGCCCAUGUGUUAAAUGACGAAACUCAGAGAAAAUAUAUGCAGGGAUUAAAAAGACUAAUGACACAAUGUCAGAGACUGUUUCCUACAGCGCCAUCUAGAAGUGUAAAUUAUGAAAGAGAGAAGGAUGCCUGAUAUUUGAUGUACAUGCAUACUCAUUAGAAUAACUUUUGUUCAUUACAAUGCAAAAAUGAUAUUGAGAGUGACAUGAACAUUAGAUGGACAGAAUUUUACCACACUUAAGCAAAUCAAGGGAGACUAAAUUGUUGUGUUUAUCGCAUAUUUGAUAUUUAUGCCAAAGUACAUUUAAAAAACUUAUUGAUAAAGCAUUGAUUUUUAAAUGUUGACUUAUGAAAGAUUAAUUGAUCUUUAGUACUGGCAUAUCAGAAUUUGAUGAAUUUUGUAUCUCUUUAAUAUAGAAAUAAGAAGAUGUGGCAUUAUUUACAAUGAGACUACUCUCCAUCAGAGAUUAAAUGUUGUAUGGAUAUAUUAGAUAUAGGAUUAUCAGAAAUUAUAUCAAGAUCAUUAUAGUGAUUGUCAACUAACAUGUAAACAGGAUCAUGCUUUUGGUGAUUCCUAGGGAGUGAUUUUGAUUGUCUGAAGCCUUCUGAAAAUCGUAAAAAAAAUCGUUAAAAUAAGAUUUGACGCCAGACCAAAGUUAGUGCAUUAUUUAGUGCACAAUGGUGUUUUCCUAAUAAUAAAUUGAAAAACUGUCAGCUAUAUAGCUAUGUUUCAUAUUAAGAUUUAAGAAACAAAAGAAAAAUAGAUUGAUUGAUUGUUGGUUGCUUAACGUCCAGUGGCAAGAAAAAUAGAAGUUACCUUUAAAGAAAAGGAGACAAUUAUUUAUUCUAUAAUUUUAUACCCAUAUUUUUAUUUAAUUUUGCAGUCCAAGCAAUUUAUAAAACACAACUUAUUUUUUUAGUUUGUUGGAAAUAACAUGGAUUACAAAAUACUUUUAAAAUUUUAUUUAUUUUAUGUCAUUCUUUUCACUUGAAGUUUUCAUUAAAGAUCAUAACAUUCCUGCAUUGUUUUCUUCUUCUAAACGCAUCAAAAGGCAACAUCAUAUUGCAGUUAUGUUUUGAUUUGUAUGUCCAACAUUUUGUAUAGGGAUAUUGUGUUUUCUUACUUCAUUGUACUGAUGAUGAUUUGAAAAGUAGUUAAUCUGAUUCAUCAUGUAGAAUUUGAUUUCUAAAAUAUUGCAAGUUUUAUUUGUACAAGCAGGCUUGUAUAACAUUUAUUAAAAGGAUUCAUUUACA